GCACGCGAGAGACAACAUCAAGGGUAAUUUUACGCGACUCGUGAAAUUACGCGGAAAACUUUACGCCGCACGUGAAAUUACACGUUAAACUUUACGCGACACGUGAAGUGUUGUGCUGUGAACAUUGCUUUCCUUUCUAUUGCAACUACAAUAACUAGUGAAUAACUGUCAGCAUAUUAAUUUGUAUCACCGUGCCAGAUGUGGUCUCUAGCGUGAGUUCGGGUCCUCACUAUGCACCAAUGUUCGAUCUUCAUAUUAACACUCCUAUGCGUCUCAGUAAAAGAUAUAUCUGGCAGCUGGGAAGAAUGGUGGACAUACGACGGAAUAUCAGGUCCUGGAUUCUGGGGUCUCAUCAACCCUCAAUGGAGCAUGUGCAACAAAGGCAGACGGCAAAGUCCAGUCAACGUCGAACCAGAAAAACUGCUAUUCGACCCUUGGUUGAGGGACAUACAGUUUGAUAAACAUAAGGUCAGCGGGGUGCUUCAAAAUACUGGACAAUCCCUGGUAUUCAGAGUGGAGAAAGAUUCGAAACAUCAAGUAAAUAUAAGUGGAGGACCACUCUCCUACAGGUACCAAUUUGAAGAAAUAUACUUCCAUUAUGGAAUGGAAGACAACAGAGGUUCAGAGCAUCAGAUAGACCACCACACGUUUCCUGGCGAGGUCCAAUUGUAUGGAUUCAAUAAGGAACUGUACCAUAAUAUGUCUGAGGCACAACACAAAUCACAAGGUGUUGUUGGCAUUUCACUCAUGAUCCAAAUUGGUGAACCAACAAAUAAAGAGUUAAGAAUAUUAACUAACGCAUUCACUAAGGUUACUUAUAGAGGCAAUUCGUACCCAAUCAAGCAUUUACCGCUGAGCUCGCUCCUACCAAACACCCAGCAGUACCUCACAUAUGAAGGGUCCACCACACACCCUGGCUGUUGGGAGACGGCCGUCUGGAUCAUCUUCAACAAGCCUAUUUAUAUUUCUAAGCAAGAGAUGUACCAAUUACGAAGAACCAUGCAGGGAUCUCAGUUAACCCCAAAAGCGCCUCUGGGGAAUAACGCGAGGCCAGUUCAGCCACUGCACCAUCGCACUGUAAGAACGAACAUCAACUUCAACAAGCAAGGAAUUCAGGUUUCCAGCAAUUGUCCUGAUAUGUAUCGGAACAUGCAUUAUACAGCACGUUAUUCUCGAAAAGCACGCACGAAAAAAAGUAUUGCAUGCAAACGAAAGACUCCACAGAAAUGCCACAAGAAAUAGGUACAACACAGCACGUUCCUCACUUCAGCGAGCUUAGUGUUGUAGUGUUUGAGCUUAGUCUUUGUACCGUAGUUAUAUACAACUGUUACCUACAGGAUAAUAUUUUAAAGAAUGCAGAGAGUAGCGUACUUUAUUAAUUUAUUUUAAAAAUGUAUAUUGUAUUGUUUGAGCUUGGUUUAUGAUCUGUAAUUGUAUAGAGCUGCUAUGUAGAUAAUAUUUUAAACAAUACAGAUGGUUGAAUUUUUGCUUUAUUUAAAAAAGAAAGAUUUCUGUAUUAUAAUGUUUGUGCUUGGUUUACGAUUAUAAUUAUAUAGGGCUGCUACCUAGAUAAUAUUUUAAACAAAGUAGACAGACAGCAGACCUAAGGCUUUCUUCUCGGCCAAAUUUUUGUUGAAACGAGUCAAAUUUCAACCUCAUUUAUACUUAAAAGUUUCAGUUUGAGACUUAAUUAUAAAUCUUUAUUUAGUUUUCUAACGCUGUUUAAUAUAAAAAAUAUUAUAUUCCAAGUAGAUAUCAGCCCUUAUGUAACUCCUAAAUUUAAUGUUAUGUGUAUCGCUUUUCAAUUACAGCACAGCUUUAAAUCCGUAAUUUAAACAAGUAGAUAUGCAUUUAUACAUUUUUAUGUUAUAACAUUUUUGUGAGAGUAACAGUAAAGAUGUUUCACUUCAUGUUAUAAAUAUUUUCUUCUAUUACAAUAUACAAACAAAUACAGGUGACCAAAUCAACUCUACUGCAGUAUCGAACGCGAGUUAGUUGCAUCACUGAGUCUGACAAUCCCACUUAUAGCAAUUUACUGGAUUUUUUAAAUUUCAAAUAUAAUUUGUACCUUUACAACUCUAUUCUCAAAUGGAGGCAUUGUCAAGUGUCAAUAUCGAGGUGAACAUGGCA